AUGGAGCCUUCAACCCUACGGUACUCAUACUCACCUGCGUCUCCCGAGAUCCGCGUCUCGAGACCACAGUAUGCUUCCACACCUGCCAGAGCAAGCGACGAGUCCUCCGACAUUGGGCGCGACAUCCCAUUGAGAUUCGAAGAAGAUAUGAACGACCCAGGUCUAGGGAUCCAGAUGAUACCUAUAACGACGCCAAAAUCACCAGGCGCUGCUUAUUGGCGGCAGGAAACCAGUGAUAGAAAGCAUGAUAUGCUCUCUUCUGUCGCAUCCUAUCCUCAGCCACGGCCGUCGUACUCCAGAACGCCAGACACGCUGUAUUCAUUUGGGUCUGGUAUCUCGAGAGCGCGAACAGAUCCUAUGACCGAGAGGCUCAUUGCGCAUCGGGCGACCCAGUCAACAAGAUGGCAUAUACAUUGGCGUAUACCAGUACUCAUGGGAUUUGCUUUCUUCAUGGGCCUCGUGUUUGCGCUGCUCCAGCACUUUUUGUACACCUUCCUGCACCAGAGGCGAGAAGACGAUGAAGACAAGAAGUUUCGAUGGGUUCUUUACGGGCGCGCGUUGGCAUACCUCUCAAAAGUCGCUUUUGGGUCAUGCGUGGUACUUGUCUUUCGACAGCGCAUGUGGAGAGCUUUCAGAGAGCAGGCGUUGACUGUGCUGUCUAUUGAUCAGAUAUUCGGUGCAACAGAAGAUCCUUCGCUCUUUGGGAACUGGGAAACUGUAUCGGGUGCGCCGCUUCUGUGUGCCAUCGCCAUGGUUAUCUGGCUGAUUCCGUUGGCAACAAUCAUAUUUUCACCCGGUGCACUUACCUUCGGAACCUAUCUCGAUAUCGAAGUACUUGAUCUUAAGGUUCCUACGCUCAACUUCUCGGUGGAGUCCACAAAAGAUUGGCGACACCCGGUCAAGCUAGAGGAUGGAAGCAACAAGAGGUCGAUGAUGUACUACAAUACCACCGAUCUUGCUGCCGCAGCCCCAGGGUGGUUUGACUAUUACGAUCAGCCAUCAGCAGAGCUAAGGCGCAUUGCGCUUCUGCUAGCAUACAAUGGUAUGGAUCAUCCAAACAUUAGGCAGGGUGCUCGACAAGAGGCUUGUGGAGGAUCCUACAAUUGCACAUACGAACAAAGCUUCACUGGGCCAAGUUAUCAAUGCGAGGAGGUUGCAAGUAAUUUUGACGACACGGAAGGAUCAAAUAAUUCAGAUGCGCCUUUUAACAUGAGCAUUCUAGCACCGCAAGGAAGCUACGUGUACUAUGCGGAGGUCGACAAAGGUGCAUACCCCCGCCCUCAAGCCGCUGAAUUUCGGGCGGGCAACGGGGGAAUACCUGUUGGAGAAGCCCCAUCAGAUCUAGGUGUUUUCAAGUCGGAACCUGUGUUGUGGAUCGGUUACGCAUUCAAUUCGACAAAAGAGUUAGCGACAGACGACCCACUCGCAAUAAACUGGACACAUCGCUAUGAUUCACAUAUCAUCCGCUGCAUACAUAUGGAAGCUAGGUAUACCGUCAAAUGGGAAUUCACUGAGCCAUCCUUCAAAUCCACGAUUGAGUUAAAACACCAAGCGCCCGUCAUGGACACAGACUUUCCGCGUGGGGUUGACGGCAAGAUAGAUUACACUACUAUGCCCAGGCCUACGGACAACUACAUCAGCCCUCGACACAACGUGGGUGUUUACAAGAAGAUUGCGGCAUAUCAUGCAAUCGGCGAUAUGUUUAGGGAGUUUCUUCGCGGACAUGUCGAUAUUACGGCACCAAAACCAGGGCCAUACUACGCACAAGUCCAUUCGAACGUCACAAUGACACGACUAGUGCAAAAAAACAGCGAGCCUAAGAACAAUCUCACGGCUGAAAUUGAGGCCUUCUAUUCAGACAUGGUGGUUUCAUUGCUAUCAGUACCAGAGAUGUUGGUGGUAGCCGAAGAAAAACUCACAGUGAAUCGGUCACGACUCCAGUCCUCUUUCGUCUACGUACCUGGGAGGUUAUGGCAAUGUUAUGCGCCAGUCAUCUUCGUUACUUUCCUCAUUCUCUUGUUCGGCGCUCUAACGAUUUGGCAAGAUGGAACGACGUUCUCGACUGGGUUUUCUCGUAUACUGGUUACUACUCGCAACACUACGUUAGAUGAUAUCGGUCAUGGCGCGUGUCUGGGCAACGAUUCCUUCCCAAUGGAGUUGAUGCGCACCAAACUUCAAUUUGGUGCUCUUGCUGACGGCGAAGAGGACUACCUGCGAAAUGAUGGUUAUCAAGGCAGCGGUGGCCCUCUAGUUCCACAUCACUGCGCUUUUGGCGUUGCUUCCGAAGUUGUGCCUAUCGUCAGAGGUACGCCAUAUGCGGGUCUGAAUCAGCGAAAAAGCAGAAGAAAGGUAAGCAAGGCAAAGAUGGAAGUUGAGUAG